CUUUUGCCAGAAACUCCGGGCAGUGUGUUUCGUCAAGAUAGCGCCGUAUGCCGACUGCUGCCAGGAUUAACAAAACGACAGCGUGACACAUGCGGACGACAUCGUACUGCCAUUGGGCACGUUGUGAAGGGUCUGAAGGCAGCUGUACAUGAAUGCCAGAAUCAGUUUCAGGAUCAGCGAUGGAACUGCUCGGCUAGCCAUAAUGGUUUUGCUAUUGCCCACCUUAAAGUUGGAAGCAAAGAAACAGCUUAUGUGUUUGCUCUGUCCUCAGCAGCAGUGAGUCGAACUUUGGCACGUGCAUGCGCUCAGGGUGUGAUAGCGAGUUGUAGCUGUGGCUCAUAUCCGAAGCGAAUCCACAAACAAUUCAAAUGGACCGGAUGCUCGGACAAUAUUAAAUAUGCAAAUAAUUUUGGGCGCAAGUUUAUGGAUGCAGCCGAUUUGGAUCAUGCCGAUGAUGCUCGCUCGAUGAUGAAUCUGCACAAUAAUCGAGUCGGACGCAAAGCAGUGUCGAGCAGUGCACGUCGUGAAUGCAAGUGUCAUGGUGUCAGUGGCUCCUGUGUACUGCGAACAUGCUGGAAAGUUGUGCCACAACUUCAGGAAAUUGCCGUAUCGCUGAGGAAGAAGUAUUUCCAUGCCGCAAAGGUGUUUCCGAGAUAA